AUGAGCCUUACUGAAAACAAAGCGUCAACAAGGCUUCGUACGUGUAAGUUUGGGAAGAGCGCGCUUACUGCUCGGUGAGGGAGCCGCUGUGCGUAACCUCUGCUCUGCCUGCUGAUGAGCCAAGCAGCAUGCAGCAGGAGCCGCUGUGAUGAGGUUGCCAGUGUCGUGGAGGGGAAGCAUCUCUUUGUCGUUCUGUCAUUCGCUGCCUGCCUCUCUGCGCACCGAUAAACGUGCUCACACACGGUGCGACGCCCGACGGGAGCAAACGCAUCCGCCUGCGUUUUAUUAGCCGGUGUUUCUCCUUCUCUUCAUUCCACUUUGGCCGCCGUGCUGGAUUGUUCCUCUCUAACAAAGCCUGAUCUCAGUCUGCCUGCAGACAGCUGAUCUCCGGUCCAGGCGGUUCCGGGUUGCAUGGUGGUGCUUCGGCUGCUCCAGCGGCUCAACAAAUGCAGAAAAGGGAGAAAAGUUUCGGUAUACAAAUGCUUUCCGUCCAGCCGGACACCAAGCCUAAAGGCUGUGCCGGCUGUAACCGGAAGAUCAAGGACCGCUACCUGCUGAAGGCUCUCGAUAAGUACUGGCACGAGGACUGCCUCAAGUGUGCCUGCUGUGAUUGCAGACUGGGUGAGGUGGGAUCCACUCUGUACACCAAAGCCAAUCUAAUCCUGUGUCGGAGAGACUACCUACGGUUAGUCGGUUUGGUUGGUGGCUGUCCCGCCUGCAGACAGCAUGUGGGUAGCAAAGGCAUCGCUAUGAGAUCUGUGCUGAACCUUUAUCCCUGUCAGUGUUUCAGCUGCAGCAUUUUGGAUCAAAGGUUUUGUGUUGGAGACAAGUUCUUCCUGAAGAACAACAUGAUUCUGUGCCAGACAGACUAUGAAGAGGGGCUAAUGAAGGAGGGCUAUGCUCCCCAGGUGCGCUGACCUUCACAGGCCAACAUGGAAGAAGAGGAAGAGAAACUCCAGAAAAAGUGCUAAUGCCUUCCUGUCCAUGUUCCCCACAUGUACAUACGUAAGAAAGACUCCCUGAGAGGGCAAACACACUGUUGUACAGAAUAGCCAUAAAGGCGACGUGGCAGGGACACGCCCUGGAAGCCUACAACAAAAUGUAUCGUGUGAAAACAUUUUUGGAUGCUGCCUUUUCCCACCCAACCAACAAAUACUGGCCUGAAAAGGAAUUUUUAACCACCUGCUGGCUUUGUUUGCUCUUUUAAA